UUUAGUCCCUGGGUCGGUCUGUCCUGCGGGGAACAAUCCCUGUCCAUCCGUCUGCGCUCUGCCCUCCCGCCGGGCAUCUGCCCUUCUCUCCUGACUCCGCCCCGCAUCUGUCCGGAACCGCCUCGCGUCUGAGCUGACCCAGUGCGCGUCCGCCAGUCCCUCCGGACCCGCCGCGAGUCUCAGGCUGCCGAAAUCACCGCGCGUCACUCGCCUCAACAGUGAUUCUGAGUCUGCUUUUAGCUUUCUUCGCCUUGGCUUUUUUCUGUUUGUGAACAGCUGUUUGGCCCAUAGCUUAGAGAAAGCAGCCUUUUUGUCUCUCCCAAGAGAGCCUUCUCCCUGUGCUCAGAGAGAUGGGGAGUGGGGAGCCUAAUCCUGCUGGCAAGAAAAAGAAGUACCUCAAGGCUGCCCUGUAUGUGGGUGACUUGGACCCAGAUGUUACCGAGGACAUGUUAUAUAAAAAGUUCAGGCCUGCUGGACCUCUGCGCUUCACCCGAAUCUGCCGUGACCCGGUGACCCGCAGCCCCCUGGGCUAUGGCUACGUUAACUUCCGCUUUCCUGCGGAUGCUGAGUGGGCACUGAACACCAUGAAUUUUGAUUUGAUUAACGGCAAACCAUUCCGUCUAAUGUGGUCUCAGCCAGAUGACCGCUUAAGAAAGUCUGGAAUUGGAAAUGUAUUCAUCAAAAACCUGGACAAAUCCAUUGACAACAGGGCCCUUUUUUAUCUGUUUUCAGCUUUUGGGAGCAUUCUCUCCUGCAAAGUCGUAUGCGAUGACAACGGCUCUAAGGGUUAUGCCUAUGUACACUUUGACAGCCUGGCCGCUGCCAAUAGGGCCAUCUGGCACAUGAACGGAGUGCGGCUCAACAACCGUCAGGUGUACGUGGGCAGAUUCAAAUUUCCGGAAGAGAGGGCUGCUGAAGUUAGAACUAGGGAUAGAGCGACUUUCACUAAUGUUUUCGUUAAAAACUUUGGAGAUGAUAUGAAUGACGACAAACUGAAGGAACUUUUCAGUGAGUAUGGGCCAACUGAGAGUGUUAAGGUAAUAAGAGAUGCCAGUGGGAAAUCGAAAGGCUUUGGAUUUGUAAGAUAUGAGACACAUGAGGCUGCCCAAAAGGCUGUGUUAGACCUGCAUGGAAAGUCCAUCGAUGGGAAAGUGCUUUAUGUAGGGCGAGCACAGAAGAAAAUUGAACGUCUUGCUGAGUUAAGGAGAAGAUUUGAGCGGCUGAGAUUAAAAGAAAAAAGUCGGCCUCCAGGGGUGCCUAUCUAUAUUAAGAACCUGGACGAGACCAUUGAUGAUGAAAAACUGAAGGAGGAAUUUUCUUCCUUUGGAUCAAUUAGUCGGGCCAAAGUGAUGGUGGAGGUGGGGCAAGGCAAAGGGUUUGGUGUUGUCUGCUUCUCCUCUUUUGAAGAGGCUACCAAAGCAGUAGAUGAGAUGAAUGGUCGCAUAGUGGGCUCCAAGCCCCUGCAGGUCACUCUGGGCCAGGCCAGGCGCAGGUGGUAAGGAUAAAUAUGCUCAAUUUGUUUCAGCCUUAAGCUGGUGCCUACUUAGUUUGGGCUACUUUGUGAUAAGAGGUUAUUUUAUGUCAGUUAACAGGUUUUUUUAAGUGAAUACUUUCUUUUGAAAAAAAAAAAAGUGAAACCAGAAAGCCUUGUUCAUUUUAGUGAAAAACAUAAUUUCUAAUUGUAAAACUGUCAUUUUGUACUAUUUUUCGAUAUAAUAUCCUUAGGAAUAUAUAGAAUAAAGUUUAUUCCUCCACACACUUGUCCUAAACCAGUCAAGGUGAGGUAAUUGAGUAUAUGUCCUUCCUAAUUUCACUAAUACUACUAAAUUUCAUUUCUAUUAGGUCCUUACAUCUGAGUCUAUCACAGUGAAAACUUCUAACUUGCUUUUUGAGAAAUCAGUAGAGCAGGGGAAAGUGUAUGUGAUCCAGUUAAUGUUUAUGCAUAAUUUUACUUUAAAUUAUUAUUUAAAAUGAAUAUUCCUUUUUAAAGAUGUGAGCUUUUUUCUUUUUAUUUAUUUAUAUUUUCCCUUUUUUAUUAUACUGUGGACAUACCACAGACUUCAUAGUGGAUUUUAGUAAGUUUUGAGAGUUCCCACUAUUAACUUUAUAGCUUCAAUAUAACUUCAAUCAAUCAGUACAUUAGAAGAUUAACACUUUAAAGAUUGAUUUUUUAAAUUCUAAGUUUCAUCUUAAAAACCUUUCCUGAGAGAUUUAAUAUUUGAAGACAGGCUAAGGAGCAUUCUUAUUGCUUGUUUUGCUAAACUCUUUAGUAGGUAUAUUUGGAUUGUGUUUAAUUAACAAAAAGGGUGAAUAACAACAUUGAAUUGCCUUUGUCUGUAGUUAAUUUUAGGAUUACCUUCAGCCUUUGUCAUGUCAAUAUAGAAGGUAAACAUUCCAUGUAAUGAUGUUGAAAACUACUUUGAAGAACAACUUCUAUUAAACUUGUCAUUGCUUCUUGUAAACUGUUGAAUAUAUUCACAAGAUAAUAUUCACAGAUGUUUCAAAAUUAAGGAAAAGGUCCUCUCUUGAUUAACUGGCAUGCCUCCAUCUAUCAUAUGAGAUCUCUUAAUCCAGUGUGGUUCUCUUUCUGUCUAGCUGCUUGGAAGUUAUGACAAAAUAUUCUGUUCUAUGUUGCAGUUAUGUUAUUUGCCCUGUGACUUCUAUAUUAUGGAUUUUCUGUGUUUCACUUGUAGUUCCCUCUUGUCCACGCCCAUCUACCUUUCAAUCUGUAUUACCCUUACUUUUUUAUUUAUUUUUUUUUGGAUUGUGCUGCUGCUCUGCUCAGUCACUCAAUCAUCUUUGACUCUUUGGGACCCCGUGGACUGUAACCCACCAGGCUCCUCUGUCCAUGGAAUUUUCCAGGCAAGGAUACUGAAAUAGGUCACCAUUUCCUACUCCAGGGGGAUCUUCCUAACCCAGAGAUCAAACCCAUGUCUCUUGUGUCUCCUGCAUUGGCAGGCAGAUUCUUUACUACUGCACCAACUAGGAAGCCCUUUUCUUUGGGAUUGCCUUUCUUUUGAUAUAUGCCAAUUGAAAUCCAUUUUGGAGUUAGAGAAAUAAAUACUUAAUUUAUGUAAAACUUAAAUUAUUACUUUUAAAAAAUAGCAUUCACUCAUACCACAAAUCCAAUCAUAAGAAACUAUUUUAUCUCUAUUCUCAGUUGAUUUUUAUUACUUUAUGUAGAAAUCUUUCAUAUAUAAAACAAUAUAAAUAUAUAAUUUUUAACACUUCUUUUAACUCUUUGCCCAUAAAAUAAUGAGAAUAACUUGUUUUCAUGUAACUGUUUAUCUACAGACUACUUGUAUAUUCAUUAUCACACAUUUUCAAAUGGAAAUUAUGGUUUUUAUUGAUUAUAAACAUAAUACAUUCUACUUGUAAAACAAAUACAAUGAUGCAGAGACUUACAAAAAAGGAAGUAAAAUUCCCAGAGUUCUGAGACAACCAUUAUUAACUAUUUAACUGUGUGCUUAUCUUUUUAUGCCUUUCCCCCUAUGUAUACACACACUGUUUUACAAAAAAAUAAAGCAUACUAUAUGUAUUUUUUUUAUUUUAAGCCAAAACAUAAUCAUCUGUUCAUGUCAAUAAAUACCAAUCUGUAUCAUCAAUUAGUGACUACAUAGUAUUCCAUUGUGUGGAUGUACUAUAUCUUAUUUAAGUAGCUCAUUAUUAAAUGAGAUUUAUAUGUUUUUCAAUGUUUUCUACAUUUGUAAACAAUGCUGUGAUGAACAUCCUUAGUUAAAAACAGUAUCAGUUAUAUGAGCUUGACAAAAAAUAUCUAUAGCAUGUAAAAGCUUAAAUCUACUAGAAAAAUAAAAAUGCACAUCAUAUUGAUAUACAUGUACCUAAAAUUUGAAAAGUGUUAAUGAUAUAUUCUUCAUUUAAAUUGACAAAAGAAAA